AUGAAUCCAAACGUAGAAGAAGUUUUUAUCGUAGAAGACAAUAUUGAUUUAGUUGAAGAAGUAGUUAUUGAUUUAGGAGAAGAAGUAGAAGUAAAUAUGAACCCCAACGUAGAAGAAGUAGAAGAAGUAGAUUUAACAAGAGAAGAAGGAGAAGAAGAAAUAGAAGAAAUAGAUUUAACAAGAGAAGAAGGAGAAGAAGAAAUAGAAGAAAUAGAAAGAAAAGAAGAAGAAGAAGAACUCCCAUAUAACAUGCUCAUGUAUGUGUCUGAUUUGUGUGCAGUUACAGAUGAGGAGUUAAUGCAAAUUAUUAUUCCUGAUGAAGAAUUAGAUGGUAUGGGAGAAGAUGAAGUUAUGAAGAAGUUUGGAGAAGAAUGGAGUGAUGAGGAUUUAAAAACACCACAGAAUAAUAAUACACAACAAGACUUAGUAAUGCCUGCAAUAAAAGAAAAAGGAAAGGGGAAAGGAAAGGGAAAAAGAACCAGAAAAGAAUCAAAUAUAGAUGAAAUAGAUGAAGAUGAUAUUCCUUCAACUUCAACUGUAGCCAUUAGUAAUACGGGUAAUAGAUAUGCUGAAAAUGAUAGCGAUGACGAAUUAGAUGAGCUUAGCGUAUAG